UUUCAAAAAUGGUUUUCUCUGCCCGGUGUUGAACAACGUGCUGCUGCUUUCAGAAAAUAUAUUAAUUCCUUAUGCUUAUUGUGUAUAAGUGACAUUAAAAUGUAUUUUUAUGACUUUUUUCGGUUUAUGUGUCGCGGUCAUGAUGAGGCAACACAUUAAUCUAAACUUUAAACGAAUAAAGACGCAUGGACCGUGUUAUUUAAUCAUGUGGAGAAGAACACUGAGUACCAACAGCAGAUGUUUGGGAUGCAGGAGUGGUGGACUAAAGUGGGGUUGGAGCUUUCUUUCCCAGUUCAGAAGCAGCGCUCCGGCCCUACCUGCAGGCCGGAUCACAGCCCUUCAAGCGGCAGAUGUUUGGAGGAGACACUUUGAGGAGAAAGGUGUUACAGAGCCUGAGCAGUCUAGCUGCUACAUCAUCGCUCAUCUGCUUGGAGCUAAAACAAUGGAAAGUCUCAAGCAGGAGAGGUUAAAUGAGUUCCUCAGCAGAGAAGAGACUGAGCAGGUGUGGCAGCUCUGCACCAGACGACUUUCAAGAAUGCCGGUGCAAUACAUCAUCGAGGAGUGGGACUUUAGAGACCUGACGCUGAAGAUGAGGCCUCCUGUGUUCAUACCGAGACCUGAAACAGAGGAGAUGGUCGAACUUGUGCUCACAGAUCUGCGAAGGAAAUCUGGACCUGGAGUCAGUUCAGAACCUCAGCAGACAUGCGUAGAAGUGGGUUGUGGUUCUGGUGCCAUUUCUCUCAGCCUGCUGAAUAGUCUGCCUCAGCUCCAAGUCUUUGCCUUGGAUCGAAGCCAGGAUGCAGUUGAUUUAACCAGAGAGAACGCGUUGAGGUUGGGGCUUCAGGACAGAUUACAGAUUUAUCACGUUGAUGUGCUGAAAAAUGCAGAAACCGUGUUUAGCAUCUGUGGGUCAGUUUCAGCUUUGGUCAGUAACCCACCAUACCUGUUUUCAGAGGAUAUGGCGUCACUGGAGCCGGAAAUUUAUAGAUACGAAGAUCCUGCUGCUUUAGACGGAGGUGAAGAUGGCCUAAAUGUGAUCAAACAGAUUUUAACUCUAGCUCCACUCAUCCUGUUAAAUCAAGGUCGUGUUUACUUGGAGGUGGACCCUAGGCACCCCCCGCUCAUUCGACGGUGGGUGGAGGCGAACGUGGAAGAGCUGCAGUACUUGGAAACGCGACACGACGUCAGCGGCAGACCACGAUUCUGCAUCCUGCAGAAAGAAGUCAAACGAGGAUGUCAAACUGGAUCGGGAUUGAGAAACUGAGAUCCUAUUACACUGGCUUUAGCUCAGGUCGCCUCUGCUGCCCCCACCCCCACC